GGUUCAGUUUUCUCAGUCUACAUAUUUAUACCAUUUAACAAUAGUCACGUGGUAAAUGAAUAAUAAUUUUUAAAAUCCAGCUUAACACAGACUCACAAAAAAUCAAGACCGUCUUAUAGAAGUAGAUGUAGAGCGCGCAGAUACUCGUUUCAAAAAAAGAAGUGUAACUGGCUGCCUAUCUUGACUUUAAACAAAAGCCCAAAAUAAUGCCCAGGCUAAAAAUAAAAUCAAUGAAAAAACCGUCUAAUUUCACUUCACUCCAAAAGUCCUAAGAUGCAACAUGGAGAAAAAAUGGUUGUGGUACGAUUGGAUAAACCCAAUUCCAGACACUCUUCCAUGGGUACAAGGUUAGAAGCCCUUGAAGUAUUACUAAAUGCAGAUAGCGCACCGAUCGAUGCGGAGGACGGUCCUGGAGGAACUGCUCUCUUCAAUGCUUUCAAGGACCAUAAUGAGCCUGCAGCGAUAAAGUUAAUACAGAAGGGUGCAAAUAUUAACCUGACCGACCGUAAUGGAGACACACCUUUACUUCAUGCAGUUUCGUAUAACUGCUUGCAAGCUUGUCAGCUUUUGCUCGAAAUGGGUGUUGAUCCAAACGUUGCUAAUUAUAGGGGGAGGACUCCUUUAAUAAAGGCUUGUGGCAGCGAGUGUAUAGAGAGGCUUUGCAUGCUUUUGUGUUAUGGUGCUGAUGCAACUCUAGCCACAACAACGCCACGCUGUGCAUCGUUGAGUUUCGCAUCGUUGGAAGUACAAGAAAUUUUGUUAGACUAUAUCUUUGAUGACUACAAAGCUCCUGUACGUCUUCCGAUUUUGAUAGAAGCUGUAGUUUUUGAUGAUCCUUGUGUCGACAUCUUAUUUGAAAAGGUUUCAGAAGUUUUGUAUACGGACCGAGAGCUUAGAGAAUUACUCCCUUAUAUUCUUCCCAUGAACCCUCACUACUUGAAAUUGUUUAUGGAACUAUUUGAAGAUGCUUUAAGGGAUAUAAUUUUGGGUCGCGAUUUACUUGUUGCAUUUCGUUCGUGUUUGGAAGAUUCAAUUACUUCGGCGCAGGAAACUUCUCGAGCAAUUGAGAAUAUGAAUUUUCUGGUUACACAAAUUUAGAAUCGGCAGUUUUUUUCAAAUGUUGGGUACCUUGAACGACAGUCAGAUGCAAAAAGUAAUGAGCAUAAUAUCACAGCUCUUGACGCAAGGUGUCCGGAUUGACCAUUUUGAUGCGGGGAUUGUCUAUAUGAAGUUUGGUUUUUGUUCAUUGUUUAAACAGAUGAUCCUAAUGGACAUUAGGCAGACAUCUGUGCCUCCAAGGCGCAAACUCCUGAUGUCGCAGCUUAUAUAUGAUGUUCAAUUAACGAUAGAAAAAUUUUUUUUGAACAGCGACCAAUACGUUUCUGAUUCUUUGGAUAUUGUGCUGGAACACUUCUGCCAUCAUCGACUGAACGAAUUUCUUUUGCGUAUGAACGAUAAGUUCAAAAGGAAGGCGAAAGAAUUACCUGAAGUGCCUCUGUUGAUUGAGUUAGCCAGAAAUCAAGCCCGAAAGCACCUGGUGGACUUUUAUAAUAUCAAAAAUUAUGGACAGUUGAAGUUCGUUUUGGAAAUGUUGCAACUACCUGAAAUGCUGAACAAACUUCUCACAUACGAAAAGAAUGUCAUGUUGUGGAGAUUUUUUUCUAAUAAACUUUUAUAGUAUUAAAAAUUACAGACAGUUGAAGUACGUUUUGGAAAUGUUGCCGAUACCUGAAAACUCAAGAAAAUUGUCAGGUACUAAAAUUAACUUUAUUUUCAAAGCUAAUUCCAAUUAGGUUAAAUAUGAAAACUACGUACCUACUUAAUAAAAACGCUUCAUAGAUAUUUACUCUAAUCGUCUAACUUUGACCAUAUUUACACAAAAAAAUUAACACGAUCCUCACGUGAACUUUAACCGGUGCGGAAAAAUAAAUCACGCACGACAACAUCCGUUUAACCUAUCACAAUGAAACGAAAAAGAAUUCAACUACAAACACGCGUUAUCAAUAUCUCCUUUUAUCUAACCCAAAUAGUGAAUAAAACUAGUUUUACUACAGUACCCGAACAGACUCCG